AUGGUUUCCAGCUUUUGCCAUGAAAUCAUCCGUCGUCAGCCUUCCGGUCCCUACCAUCUAGGCGGGUGGUCUGCUGGCGGUGCCUUUGCCUUUGCAGUUGCUAGCCAUCUCAUCCAAACCGGUGCAGAAGUCUACAGUCUAAUUAUUAUUGACUCGCCCGUGCCCCGGAAACUGGGCACUCUCCCAUCUGGUUUCUAUGAAUACUGCGGUCGGCGGGGACUAUUUGGGGGUGACGUGCCACCGGCGUCACUGAUUCCCCAUUUCCUAAGGACCAUGGAGACCAUGCUUCCAUAUCAAGCUGUUCCGUUGCAGGCUGCCAGGGUGCCCAACGUGGGCAUUAUCUGGGCCUGUGAGACGGUCAUGGAUGCAGAUGAUGCGCCAGAUUUGGGCCUUAAGAUGGGCCGGGAUCAUUUUAUGUUGAAACGGAGGCAGGAAUUUGGUCCAGAUGGGUGGGAAAAACUGCUGCCUGGUGCUGAGUUUACGCUGGCGAAGGUGGUGGGUGCGGAUCAUUUUACGAUGAUGGUGAGUUGUCCCGCGCUUUCUUUUUCCAAGAAAGGGAACGGUGUUUUGACGGACUAUCGCUGA